UCUUGGAUGAGCUCAUGAGCCCGCAUUCCGCGCUGCAGGGAAUCACCGGCGUAAUGUGGCAUCGUGCGAUUGCGCAUGAUCUCCGACUUGACCAGCUACUGAGCUAGGGGACCCAAAAUUUCAGCACUCGUGCACAAGUGGGAUGAUGCCACUAGAACGCUCUCCUCUGCACGUCUUGCUCUUCAUCUUCUCCAGCCUCGCCGCCACCGCCGCGGCGACGGAACGGAUCCCGAACGCCACGACGCCGUCGCCGUGCCCGUCCUACCGGUGCGGCCACGCCGUGGACAUCCGGUACCCGUUCUGGAUCGACGGCGGCAACGCCUCCUCAGGGUCCCACUGCGGGUACCCGAGCCUGCGCCUGGAAUGCCGCCGCGAGACGCCGGUGCUGCGGCUCCCGUCGGGGGACUACGCGGUCACCCACAUCCUAUACAGCGACCGCACCGUCUCCCUCUUCGACCUCGGCGUGUUCUCGCUCUCCAACACCUGCCCGCUCGUCGGCCGCAACCUGUCCCUCCCGUCGGAUUCGCCGCUGUCGCUCACGGCCAGGGACGCCAACCUCACCUUCUUCGUGCACUGCUCCUUCGUGGGCAUCCCGGCGCACCUCGUGGCGUGCCUCGAGGGCGACGGCAGGCACCACUCGUACGUGUUCCGCGACGGCGACGAGCUCACGCCGCACGGGUACGCGGGGCUGUGCCAGGACGUCAUCGGCAUGCCCGUGCUGCGGAGGUCCCUGCUCGGGGCCGGGGGCAGCAGCAGCCCGCUGGACGCCGUCGUGCCGGCGCUCAACAUGGGGUUCGAGCUCAGCUGGAGGCCGGAGACGGAGGGGGAGUGCGGCCAAUGCGAAAGGGCCGGCGGACUCUGCGGGCGCCGCCGUGGGUCGGAGCACGGGCCGUGGACCUUCGCGUGCUUCCGGGCUGCGGCGACACCUGCGUGGAUUGCUCCAAAAUCUCCUGUGCGGCGGCAUCAACAUCACCUUCCCGUUCUGGCUCGCCGGCAAGCAUCCGCCGGAGUGCGGCUACAAGGCCUACCAGGUCACCUGCGACAAAGGCAAUCUUACCCUCAAGAACUCUUACUGGACGUACCAACUCCUGGACAUCUUCUACCAAAACAGCUCCUUCAGAGCCGACCUGUCUGGAGGCCUCUGCGACUCCCAGAAUUUCGUCAACGCCUCCUCCGACCUCGGCCUCUCGCCGUUCAAGAUUAGCCCCAAGAACCAGGAGCUGUUCUUCCUCUACGACUGCGAACUGCGGGGAAGACCUCGUUCUUGGACGCUCGUGAACUGUCCGUCGCCGGAUGACUCGUCGGUGUAUGCCUUGCUUGGGAAGAAUUACACGCCAGGUGGC